CAGGGAGAUACCGAGAGGACGGGGAUCUCUUUGUGGGGACUGGGAGCUCUGAGGGACUCUGGGUUGCGCUGAGGGCCUUGUGUCCCUCUCUGGGUUCAGAGUCUCGCUGCCAGACCUAUGUGGGGGUUGAGGGUUCUGCCUAUGGGACUGGAGGCCCCUCAGCGUUCGGGAAUUCUGGAAGAUCUCCGGGGACCCUCCAGGGGCCUGGAAUCAUGUGGAGGGUCGCAGCCCUGCGAAGGGGACUGGGGAGCCGAGAACGUACGGAUCCUCGCUAGGGAGGUCUGGGGUCCUCCUGGAGCCCACGCUGGCGACGUGGGUCCUGCAGAAACAUGGGGGCCGCUGCGUGUGUUGGGGUGUGUGGAAGGGCCAGGGAGAGCCCUGGGAGGAGGCGCCAAGUCGAAGGUAUCUGGGUGGCCGCAGGGCGAGGCAGGGUCUCAGAGUUGGAGACAGCACAGUUGGAACCUUCAGGUCUCACGUGGCUCUGGGUCCAACCUAUUGACUUUAUCCUUAAAAUUUAGCCUGGCCACUUGUGGGUUAGGCUGAUGCGGGGCGAGAGCGGGAACUCCCAACACCUAGGUGUUCAGACCGGCAGAAGGAGGGGCCCUGGAACAUGACCCGACCCUGCCUGGGAGAAUCCCCAACCAGGGGGGGUUGGAGGUGCGCCUGAACGUGAAAAGUGGACGUGGUUGCAGGCCCAGGUGCAGGAAGCUGUGGGAGGUGAGCGGAGGGGUUCUCAGGAACAGGAUGGAGGAAAGUCUCAUUGGUGUUAGCAGAUAGUAGGAUUCUUGUAUUCUCGGAUUGUAGAUCCAGGGAAAGGCUUUGAGCAGGAGAGGGACAUAGGCUGAUGGGAGGCUCCAGAUAUCUUUGGAGAUCAGCAGAGCCAAAACCGCAAGACCGGAGGCUGCUGGGGGGCAGGCCUUGAGAAACAUCCCUGGAUCGACCUCGGGAGCCUCUCAGGUGGAGGGAUGCCUGCUUCUCUUUCCCUUCCCUUUCUCCUUCUUCCCUCCCUCUUACUCUCUCCUCCUUCCUUCCGCUCGGCCUGUCCUAGGUGCUGGAACCGAAGUUAGAACAAUGAGUCCCCUCCCUGGGAGGUAUCAGAGGGUGAUGGGGUCUGCAGUGGAAAGCCCGGAGGUCUGGGAGGGCCUCUGAGACCUCAGUGGUUGGACGCUGGGAGGGCUGCUGAGAGAACCAGGCAGUUACAGGCAGUGAGGCAGGGUGUCUUGAGCUGGGCCCGCCAGGCCUUGCGGGCUGCGAAAAGGAGUUGGAUGUUCACUGACGUCCUGGGUCCCCUGGAAGAGCAGAGUGCUGUGUCCGCGGCAGUGAUGCGCGGGUACUGGGGCCUCCCGAGAUGAUCUGCGAGCUCCACAGAGAGGUCCAGGCUAGAGGUGCUGCUCUGCUGGGUCGUGCUGAGCGGCGGUCCUGGGAGUGCAGCUGGUGGUGACCCUGCUCACCGCCACCCUCAUGCAUAGGCUGGCACCGCACUGCUCCUUCGCACGCUGGCUGCUCUGCAAUGGCAGUCUCUUCCGAUACAAGCACCCUUCUGAGGAAGAGCUUCGGGCCCUGGAGGGAAAGCCUAAGCCCAGAGGCAGGAAGGAGCGGUGGGCCAAUGGCUAUAGUGAAGAGAAGCCCUUGUCUGUGCCCCGAGACGCCCCUUUCCAGCUGGAGACCUGCCCCCUCACAGCGGUUGAUGCCCUUGUCCUACGCUUCUUCCUGGAGUACCAGUGGUUCGUGGACUUCGCGGUGUACUCGGGUGGCGUGUACGUCUUCACAGAGGCCUACUACUAUGCGCUGGGCCCGGCCAAGGAGACCAACAUCGCCGUGUUCUGGUGCUUGCUCACCGUUGCCUUCUCCAUCAAGAUGUUCCUGACAGUGACCCGGUUGUAUUUCAGCGCAGAGGAGGGGGGUGAACGCUCUGUGUGCCUCACCUUUGCCUUCCUCUUCCUGCUCCUGGCCAUGCUGGUGCAGGUGGUGCGGGAGGAGACUCUCGAGCUGGGCCUGGAGCCAGGCCUCGCCAGUAUGACCCAGAACUUGGAGCCACUUCUGAAGAUGCAGGGCUGGGACUGGGCGCUCCCUCUGGCCAAGCUGGCUAUCCGCAUGGGGCUGGCAUUCGUGGGAUCCAUGCUGGGGGCCUUCCUCACCUUUCCAGGCCUGCGGCUGGCCCAGACACACCUGGAUGCGCUGACCAUGUCAGAAGACCGGCCCAUGCUGCAGUUCCUUCUGCAGAUGAGCUUCCUGUCCCCUCUGAUCAUCCUGGGGCUCUGGACCAAGCCCAUUGCACGGGACUUCCUGCACCAGGCACCUGCUGGGGAGAUGACCUUCUCCCUGCUGUCGGACUCAGCCUUCGACUCACUGCGCCUCUGGGUGCUGGUGGCGUUGUGCCUGCUGAGGCUGGCCGUGACCCGGCCCCACCUGCAGGCCUACCUGUGCCUGGCCAAGGCCCGCGUGGAGCAGCUGCGGCGGGAGGCCGGCCGCAUAGAGGCCCGUGAGAUCCAGAGGCGGGUGGUGCGGGUCUACUGCUACGUGACAGUGGUGAGCCUGCAGUACCUGACGCCCCUCAUCCUCACUUUCAACUGCACGCUGCUGCUCAAGACGCUGGGCGGCUACUCCUGGGGCCUGGGCCCCGUUCCCAUGCUGUCCCCUCCCCCGUCCUCAGCCCACGAUCGCCUGGUGGGCCCCGAGGAGGAUGAGGCCCAGCAGACGGCGGCCCGGAUCGCAGGGGCCCUGGGCAGCCUGCUCACGCCCCUCUUCCUCCGCGGCGUCCUCACCUUCCUCAUCUGGUGGACCGCCGCCUGCCAACUGCUCUCCAGCCUCUUCGGCCUGUACUUCCACCGGUACCUGGCGGGCUCCUAGCCGCCCGCAGAAGACGCUCCUGGGGCCCCGAGGUCCGGGCCGAGCUAGCGGUUCCCGGCCGCCUCCUCCGUGUGUGCCUCAGUGUCCUCAGGUGCAAGGCGGGCCUGGGAGUCCCCGCAGCGCCUGCUGUGCGGGUCCACUUCACCGCAGUGCCUGAGCUGUGGCCCCCUUGGAUCCCGGGUUUCUGCCUCAAAACUGUUGCCCUGGGCCCACUGGCAGAGGAUCCCAGGGCCAUUGUUCCCAGAUGGCACGCCCCCCUCCCCCAUUUGAGGCAGAAGUGGGGGUUCAUUCUUCUGAAUAAAAGAGCAGACUGCUUUUACAAAGAGGACUGGAGUGGUUUGGGAGGCG